UACGGUAAAGGGAAAGUCCCGCAAAUUUCCAGAGAGCGUGCAGCCUGUAAACAGAGGAACCAAGUUUGUACUUUUAUGGUUUGCAUUUCUGCGUUCAGCCAUGGCGCAGUACAAGAUUUACGACCCAGAAGAGAUGAUUGAGUGUCCCUAUGACAAGGUGCACAUGAUUGCUGCCAAACGCAUGCAGUAUCAUAUGAUGAAGUGUCGCAGGAAUCAUCCUGGAGCCGACUUUGCUGUAUGUCCGUACAAUGCCCGCCAUGAAGUACGUAAGCCAGAGUUAAGGUACCACAUGGUCAACUGCCCGGACAAAGCCCGGCUGGAACCGUCCAUCCUCCAUGAACAAAACAAGCAGAACCAUGAUGGUCAGUACUUCAAAGGUAACACAGACCUGCCAUGUUAUGCUGACAGCAGCAAGUUUGAAUCUGUUGAGAACUGGGAUGAAGAGAUUCCAAGUGUUGCCCGAAUAGGUGUGGAUCCCAACUACUUCAUGAGGCUCAAUGCUAGAAACACGGCUGGAAUGUCUACAAAGGAAAAGAAGUUGUACAUGUCUCAGGUGAACAUGCCAGCAGACGAGAGAGUUGUUCCUGAACCUGGAGAGGAGGAGGAGGAGGAGGAGCAGAAACUACGUCUCCCCCACGCCAAACCUGAGACCUACAUGUCAUUCCAGGGCAGUGCAGCCACACACGUAGGCCAGAUCCCUCCCUCCACUUCUGUCCUGGCACUAUCCCUGUCUAGGAGUGGAGUAGGCCGUGGUAGUCAAAUUGGUGGUCGUGGUGUUGCCCAGGUCACUCCCAAGGGACCCAUGCCAGUAGGACGGGGCCAGCCUGGUCUUGGGAGGGCAGCUGGUCGGGGUCUCAUGUCAAUGGGGCCUCCUGGAUAUACAUCAAUUAACACCAAUACCAACUCCAUACAUUCUUCAGCUGAGCAGCAGUCAAUGAUCACACAGUCAGCAGUUACACAGCCUGGUCAACAGUUCGUGGUCAAACAGCCUGCAGGUCAACAGCUGGCUGUAGGAAUGAUUGGUCAGGCAGCACUGAGGUUGCCUAGCAGUAUGAUGCCGAAUGUGUUCAGUAUGGGACUGGGGCGUGGGUCAGAAAGAGGAUCCAUUUUAAAACAGAAUGGUGCCUCUCCAAGCUUUGUCAUCCCUAACGUGAAGGGCAUCUCUGGAGAUAUUCCUGUGGUAAACAGUUCUGGUUCAGAGGCUGACGAUGGCAACAUCUCCUCAAGCAGCACUUCGUCUAAUGCAGACAACAAGAAGGAGAAGCGACGUUUGGUGAAAAAAAUCCGUCAGAUUGAACUCCUUGAUCAAAAAGUUGCUGAAGGUUAUAAGCUGACGUCAGAAGAGGAGAUCAAGUGUGAAAAGAAAGAUGAAAUUUUGGAGGCUCUCCAGAAUUUUAAAAUGUGACUAUAUAAACAAAAAAACUACAUGGAUUUUAAUCUAGCUGAGCAGCAUCCAUAUAAGUAAUAUGGAGUUUUCUGGAUUUUUUUACUGCAGUAAAUAAGAAGGUCAAGAGUAGUGUGAGUUCAGAGGUCAAGAGUAGUGAGAGUUCAGAGGUCAGGAGUAGUGCGAGUUCAGAGGUCAUGAGUAGUGUGAGGUCAGAGGUCAUGAGAAGUGUGAGUUUUUCUUUUGAACAACUUCUUCUGAAGAACUGUAGGGCCUAGGGUCAUUAUAUUUGGCCAGUAGGAUAGGU